AUGAGCCACUCGAGCGCACCAGAGGAGUUGACGGGCGAAAAGGAAGCCAUCAGGCGCAUCAAUCGUGAGCUGCAGCGCAACCUCAUCUUGGAAACGGCCCUAAUUGCUUUUGCCCUUGGUGUGCUGGCCUUGGCAGGUGUACUUCUCGCUGCAUACGGAUGGCACACACACGAUGACAGCCUGUUCGCUCUUGGACUGUAUAUCCUUGUUGUGCAUAUUGCCUUCCACGUCUUGGAGUUUCUUGUGGCGGGGUUCACUCGCCCUCACGACACCCACCCCGAUGCCUUCAUGGUGUUUCACUCGACACCGUACCUCAUCGCCAGUGGAACGGCGCUGCUGGAAUUUUUUGUGGAGCUGUACGCCAUCCCUGAGACGUGGAAGCUGGACCCCACUCGUCAUGCUGUACUUGGUUUUUUCGUGCGAGUGAACUACGCCUCGGCGCUGCUUUUCACCCUUCUUGUCGUUGUUUUCUACGGCAUCCGUGUCGUGUCAAUGCUGCAGUGCGGCUCCAACUUUUCCCUCAUGAUUGAGCACGAGCGGCACUCCAAUCAUCAGCUUGUGACGCAUGGCCUGUAUCGGUAUCUGCGCCACCCAGCCUAUUUUGGAUGGUUUUGGCGCACGUGUUGCGCGCAGUGGAUUCUGGCAAACCCGGUCUCCGCUGUGGUACACACCGGUGUAACGUGGUACUUCUUCCGGUCCCGUAUCGCUUACGAGGAGGCCACGCUGCAGCGACCAGACUACUAUGGGGAGGCGUACAAGAGGUACAAGGCGCGCACCAUCGUCGGGAUUCCGUUUUUGUAA